UGUACUUAUGAAUGUCUUGAAAUAAAUGUGACGUGUCAAAAUAUCAAAAUUAAUUAUGUUAAGUGUUGUGCUAUGAUAUUCCAUUGAAUUUUAAUUGAAGGAAUCCCGUGCAAUGCAGUCAUAAUAAUGUUUGUUGCUAGAUUAAUUCAGGAAUUCGAAUGUUUGAAGUAAAAGUAUAAAGUUUUCCUCAAUCGCUCGGGAAAAACCAAAAUAUUAAGUCACGGAAAUCUGUUUACUGAGUACACACACUUAGUUCCUUUUUAAAUAAUAAUGCACGUAAUGAGUUCUAAUGUCCAUUAUAUUGUCAUUUAAAUAAAAGCUUCAGGAUCGAUUCAUCAUCAUUUCAUUUGACAGGAAUCAAUAGAUAAGAUUCCUUUAUAUUUCUUUAAGACAGCAUAUACUAAGCAUCAGACAAUGAAAGUAACAGGACUUGUUUUCUUCUUUGCAUUGAUGCUGAUUGUUGAAAGAACAUCAGCAUUCAUGUGCUACACUUGCUCACAAGCUAGUGAAAAAUGUAUAAAAGGAAAUGCAGAAGCCAAAGCAUCUAACUGCUCAUCAUCAUCAGACGAUCGUAAGGAUAUGCAAAAGUUUUGCUUUAAAACAAUCAACUACGCAACAGGAAAACACGAGCUUUAUAAUCGUGGAUGCUUAAUUGGUGACUCAAAAAGCUUUUGUGAGCUCGAAAGGGAAAAGGAUCCAAAAACUGUAUGCUCAAUUUGCAACAAGGAACUCUGUAAUUCUGGAAGUUUUGAGAAUGUAUCGAAAAUAUUGAUGCUGUUGAUUGUAGCUGUUGCAAUGUUCUGGAAGUAAUGUUGUUCUACAUUUGGGAUAUAUGGCUAGUUUGGAGUUGAUUGAGUUUGAUUUGAUUAGGUUUUGAAUUUUGAGUUUUUUUAUGGCAAAGCUGAAUUCAUAGAGACUAGUUUAAACCUUACUACUAAUUAGCUUUCAGAGUUUUAAGAAAAUUAUUGUUAGGUUUGAGAAUUUAAAUGGUUUUCGAGUUCAUUAUUGCAUGUAUUGUAAAUUUGUAAACUUUGGAUCCAGUUCGAGAAAUAAAAAGAAAUUGACUUUGAGUGC